AUGUCUUCAUGUUGGCCAAAGAAGCUGUUGUACUUGGCAUCACAGCACACCACCAGAACACUUCUCAACAAGAGCACUUGUGUUUGUUCAACGAGCCCCAAUCUGAGACACUAUACCUGUGGAAAGAAUCCAUCCCGGAGGAGAGUAGCAAUCACUGGAAUAGGACUUGUCUCUCCUCUCGGCACAGGGACUACUCUACCCUGGAAGCAGCUGAUUAACGGUGCCAGUGGGAUCGUCGCCCUUGACUCUGAGAUGUAUAAGACAGUCCCCUGUAAAGUGGCAGCCCUGGUGCCCCGAGGGGAUGGAGAGGGCCAGUUCAAGGAUGAGAGAUUCGCCACACGCGGGGAGAUCAACAGUAUGUCACCAGCCACUGUCAUGGCUCUCGCUGCCGCCCAGCUGGCACUGGAGGAUUCUGGGUGGUAUCCCAGCAGCCCUGAGGAGCAGCUGACCACAGGGGUGGCGGUGGGGAUGGGCAUGGUUUCGCUGGACGAGAUCGCCAAGACGUCGGCCAUCUUCCAGGCAAAAGGUUACAGUAAGGUCAGUUAUGAGGUCCGCUGUAGCCAGCAGGCGCUGAAGUGUGCUGUGCUGCUUCCAACCUCUCAGAUGUGUGUGUGUGUGGCAGGGUUGGUUGGUAGGUAGGAGUGUGUCCUAUUUGCAGAGCAGGGUUGAGAACUUGAGAUUAAAUAAGAACAGACUGCAAAUAAAACAUGGAUUUAAUAAAAGUUGUAUUUGUAUUCUAGGUCAGCCCCUUCUUUGUGCCUCGUAUCCUGGUCAACAUGGCUGCCGGUCACAUCAGCAUCAAGCACAAACUGAAAGGCCCCAACCAUGCCGUUUCCACUGCCUGCACCACUGGAGCCCAUGCCCUCGGUGACGCAGCCAGGUUCAUCGCCCACGGAGACGCCAUCGCCAUGGUAGCGGGUGGGACAGAAGCCUGCGUGGGACCUCUGUCAAUCGCGGGGUUCGCCAGGGCGAGGUAAGUCUUGAAGAUUCCAGGAUUAUUUUGUUUGUUUGUGUUAUUUUUGUUAGUAUAGAUCUAAUCUGUCCUUUGAUCAACUUUUACAUAUGUAUUAAGACGUAUGCCUAUGCCAUUUGUAUGUUCAUGGAUUCAGAUUGUAUUGACUACUAUGUGGGUGUAAUUCGACUUGAACCUUUACUUGAAGGGCUCUGAGUACCCACUGGAACGACCAGCCAAGGCUGGCAUCGCGGCCCUUCCACCCAGAGAGGGAUGGGUUUGUAAUGGGUGAAGGGGCUGCGGUGGUGCUUCUGGAGGAGUGGGAGCAUGCUGUGGGGAGGGGGGCCUCGGUGUACGCUGAGGUGCUGGGGUACGGACUGUCAGGGGACGCCAGCCACAUCACAGCCCCCGCUGCUGAUGGAGACGGAGCCUUCAGGUAAUAGUCAUGGAUGGGGUUUAUAGCACUCUUUCACCAGGUGCUUACUAUUUGGGUUAGGAGUUAAGGAACUAUUGAGAUGUACUGUAGCCAGUACCAUUAUCAAUAUCUAGCAACUUGACCAUGAGAAAAAUAUUUGUAAUUUUUUUUAGGCCAAUUUCAAAAAGAUUCUGACAUUUUUAAAUGAAAUGGUGAACAUAUUUGAAGUUAUUAAAUUUUUGCAGUCCACUUUCAUUCUCCUCUUCUUCCAGGUGCAUGUCUGCAGCGCUCAGAGACGCCGGUGUGGAACCGGCCCAUGUGACGUACGUGAACGCACAUGCCACCUCUACACCACUAGGUGACGCUGCAGAGAACACUGCCAUCAAGAGACUUUUCCAGCAGCACGCUGCCGCCCUGGCUGUCUCCUCCACUAAGGGGGCCACGGGGCAUCUCCUGGGGGCUGCCGGGGCCCUGGAAGCAGCCUUCACUGCCCUGGCCUGUUACCACAGCACUUUGCCACCCACCCUCAACCUGGACCGCACCGAACCAGAGUUUGACCUGAACUAUGUGCCUUGCACAGCACAGCAGUGGAAGACAGAGGGCAGGCGGGUAGCUCUCACAAACUCUUUUGGGUUUGGGGGGACUAAUGCGUCGCUGUGUCUCGCCAGUGUCUGAAAAGCUUGUCUGAAGGAUUUACUUCUUACUGGUUUUGUAUGGGAUUUGAUUUCACAACAGGUUCUUUAUAGAUUCCUAGUAUUUCAGUUUCAAAAUGUUCUCAAUAUUAUAUUGGGACAUGUAAUGCAAACAUCGAUCAUACAAUUCUGAUCGAUGUUUGCAUUUUGAUCAUU